AAGCUGCUUCUUGUCCGAGCUGAUUUUAGUGCUGUCAUAAGUGGACUUACAACAAAAUGCUGACUGUCUUUUUAUCACUUUUGCUGCUCCAACUGAGUCGGUGCACAGUCGGUGAGAACUAUGAGACAAAGACUGUCAGUGUUGGAGAUGAUGUGACUUUAUUUUGUCCUCGCAAUAACUCUUGGCUGUCAACACAUGUAUUUUGGUUCAGGCUUGUUUCUGAAGAUUUGCCUGAAAUUUUGGGAGGAACUUUUAGCUUUGACGAUGAGAAUGAGAAUGUUAUCAAAACUCCUUGCUGCACAGCAAAACAAGAGCCUGAAACAUUUGUCCUGAUUCUCAGUAAAACACAGCUCAGUGAUACUGGACUUUACUUUUGUGUUAAACAAACUCAACUUGAAGUUACACUUUUAAAGGGAGUGUUUCUGAGAGUUAAAGAACCAGGACCUGACAUCACCACAGUCAUUCAAGACAUUUCACCUGAUCCAGCCCGUCCAUGGGACUCAAAGACUCUGCAGUGUUCAGUCCUUUAUGAUCCUGAAAAUAAACCAUGUUCAGGAAAACACAGAGUAUUCUGGUUCAGAGCUGGAUCAGGUGAAUCCCGUCCCAGCUUCAUUUACACUCAUGGAAACAGAAGUGAUGGAUGUGAGGAGAGUUCUGAGGCUCCCUCCCUGCAGAAAUGUAUCUACAGCUUCUCUAAGACCUUCAGCUCCUCUGAUGUCGGGACGUAUUACUGUGCUGUGGCUGCAUGUGGGGAGAUAUUGUUUGGAAAUGGAACAAAGCUCAACAUUGAAGGGAUAACUGCAACUUCUGAAUUAACUGGGCUGGUAAUAGCAGGGAUCUGCUUGGUCAUUUCUGUGAUUGUAAAUAUUGCUUUCAUCUGUUCCCACACUGCAAGAGCACAGAGUGACCAAUUCACAUCUGUAGCCCUGCAGAAAAACAGCGGUGGUCAGAAAAUUCAACAGACUGAUGUGGAAACUAAAGUGUAUUCUGCUGUUGUCUUCACCAUGAGCGGAGCCGCCGGAGAUAUAGUGGAGAGAAAGCGGAUCUGUGCUGCGGUGAAGGCUUUUGGGUUAGAGUAGAGAGUUCGCAGAUCAAUUUUUUAUCAGCUGAUUGUAUGAAUCAGACGUUUA